GCGGCAGCGGCGGGCACGGAAGGCGGAAGCAGAGCGUGAGCGGGAGGCGGAGCCGGGGGAGCUGCUCUCGUAGCUCCCCCUGGCCCUAGGCCCAGCUGCUCGAGGGGGAGGAGUUACCGCCGCUCUUAGGUAUCAGAAUUUACCAUGAUGGCUGUGACCUAAUAUCCUCAGGAAGCCCCGGGGUCAUGGCCCAGAAGCACCCCGGAGAAAGAGGGUUGUGUGGAGCCCACCACAGUGGUGGUGCCUCCCUCAGGACUCUAGGACCCUCUGUGGACCCUGAAAUACUUUCAUUCUCAGGACUCAGGGACUCAGCCGGGCCUGCUCCUAAUGGUGCCCGCUGCCUCACAGAGCACUCUAGUCCUAAGUACACACAGCCCCCAAAUCCAGCUCACUGGUCGGAUCCAAGCCAUGGCCCCCCAAGGGGUCCAGGACCCCCUAGGAAUGGAGAGGACCCUGAUCAGAGUGAGGCAUCUUCAGAAGAAGAGUCAGGAGUGGACCAGGAACUCUCAAAAGAGAAUGAGGCUGGGUACCAGGAGGAUGGGAACCCUUCCUUUCUUUCCAUUCCAUCUGCUUGUGACUGCCAGGGAAUCCCUGGAAUUCCUGAAGGGCCUUAUUCUCAGGGAGGAGAUAGCUCUUCUAGCAACUUUUGCCACCAUUGUACCACUCCAGCUUUGGGGGAAGAUGAAGAGUUGGAAGAGGAAUAUGAUGAUGAGGAACCUCUUAAGUUCCCCAAUGAUUUUUCACGUGUGCCCAGUGGAAAGAAACCUCCACCGAGGAGACAGCGGCACCGCAUUCCAGCCAAGGAGGAUACUCGGGAGGGUGGACGCAGAGAUCCUAGGCCUGGUCGACAUCGGCUUGGUCGGAAACGGAGUCAGGCAGAUAAGCGCAGAGGACUGGGAUUGUGGGGAGCAGAGGAACUGUGUCAGCUUGGACAGGCAGGCUUCUGGUGGCUGAUCGAACUGCUGGUAUUAGUGGGGGAGUACGUGGAAACUUGUGGCCAUCUCAUCUAUGCAUGCAGGCAGCUGAAAGGCAGUGAUCUGGACCUUUUUCGUGUUUGGGUGGGAGUCUGGGCAGGGCGGCUGGGGACUUGGGCCCAGCUGAUGUUCCAGUUUCUGAGCCAGGGGUUUUCCUGUGGGGCAGGGCUGUUCAUCCGUUUUCUUAGGCUAUUGGGUGCUUUGCUGCUCUGGGUUCUGGCCCUUUUGUUGGGCUGUCUACAGUUGGGCUGGUGGUUUCUGGUAGGACUGGGUGACCGAUUAGGCUGGAGGGGUAAAGCUGCGUGGCUCUUCUCUUGGCUAGCUUCUCCCACCUGGCAGCGGUGCCUGAUUCUGCUGAAAGAUAGCAGGCCAUGGCAGCAGCUGGUAAGAAUGGUUCAGCGGGGUUGGCUGGAGUUGCCUUGGGUUAAGCAGAGGACUGAUAGGCAGGGGAAUGCACCUGUAGCUAGUGGUCGCUACUGCCAGCCUGAAGAGGAAGUGGCUCGACUCUUGACCAUGGCUGGGGUUCCUGAGGAUGAGCUAAACCCUUUCCAUGUGUUGGGAGUUGAAGCCACAGCAUCAGAUGUUGAGCUGAAGAAGGCCUAUAGGCAGCUGGCAGUGAUGGUUCAUCCUGACAAAAAUCGUCAUCCCCGGGCUGAGGAGGCCUUCAAGGUUUUGAGGGCAGCUUGGGACAUUGUCAGCAACCCUGAAAGACGGAAGGAAUAUGAGAUGAAACGAAUGGCAGAGAAUGAGCUGAGCCGGUCAGUGAAUGAGUUUCUGUCCAAGCUGCAGGAUGACCUUAAAGAGGCAAUGAAUACUAUGAUGUGCAGCCGAUGCCAGGGAAAGCAUAGGAGGUUUGAAAUGGACCGGGAACCUAAGAAUGCCAGAUACUGUGCUGAGUGUAAGAGGCUGCAUCCCGCUGAGGAAGGAGACUUUUGGGCAGAGUCAAGCAUGUUUGGCCUCAAGAUCACCUACUUUGCACUGAUGGAUGGAAAGGUGUAUGACAUCACAGAGUGGGCUGGAUGCCAGCGUGUGGGGAUAUCCCCAGAUACUCACAGAGUCCCCUAUCACAUCUCAUUUGGUUCGAGGAUGCCAGGCACCAGUGGGCGUCAGAGAGCUACCCCUGAUGCCCCUCCUGCUGACCUUCAAGAUUUCCUGAGCCGGAUCUUUCAAGUACCCCCAGGCCAGAUGUCCAAUGGGAACUUCUUUGCAGGGCCUCAGCCAGGCUCUGGGGCCACUGCAGCCUCCAAGCCCAACAGCACAGUACCCAAGGGAGAAGCUAAACCGAAGCGGCGGAAGAAAGUGAGGAGGCCCUUCCAACGUUGACACCCUUCUCUUUCCUCAAAUCAAUGUCAGGGAGUCAAAAGGGCUGUGUACAGCACCGGAUGGAGUUUUGAUUUGUUUAUUUUUAAAUAUUUAAAAAAGGGAAAAUUUUAAGCUCAAAUUGUUCACUCAGUAAUGGUAGGAAGCCCUGGAACCACUCUCCCUCCUCCACCAGCACCCAGGAACUGAAUCUUGUCUUCUGACAAUACCAAAGAAAUAGGGGGCGGCUAGAGCAGAGAGCCUAGGGCCCGGACCUGGGCGGGACAGUAUCUCCCAUAGUAGUGUGGGAACUGGGUAUUUCCCUGGAGUCUGUAUGCCUUUGUCUUGUCUCUGGCUUCUACAGCAGACGACACUUUCCCCUCUUUUUUUUUAAGCUAUGGAGUCUAUCUUAUUUCUGGAUCCAUUUCAGGAGGGAGCCCACUCUUUGCCCCAGUAUACUAGUAAAAAGAACAAGAAAGCAUGUAACCCUGAUUAGAGGAGAUAGAGUUCAGAGAGUGGGGAUGGUCACUGUGUGGGAAAUCACCCAACUUUGUGCUUGUUGUUGCAGGAAUGGCCAAAACUAAUAAUUUUUAAAAAGCAGAUUCAUGCCCUCUUCCCUUGGGUGAGGGGAAAGGAUAAAGGGGCUCCCAGCAGCCCCCAUAUGAUCCAAGGGUUUGUAUUUUUUUAAGUUUGUUCAUAUUUGUAUGUACAUAUCUAUUUAAAGCCAGGGGAUUAUCUUUCUAUAAAUACAUAACUGGCAACCUCUAUCUUCCCUCUCUUCUUUGCCCAUAUAGCUGGAGCCCUUUUUUUCACUUAAGAACCUUUCCCUGCCUGUGUUAGCUGAGAGCAAAGGGCACCUCCUAUUGGACCAAGGGAAAGGGGGUAAAAAAAAUACCUUGGAGAAAUUUUGUAGUUCAAGUUAGGUCAUUGUUGCAUCUUUCUUCCCUAGCCUUAUGAAGACAUCUCUCCACCCUUCCUGUGAACCAAACUGUAGCCAUAUAUGAAAAAAUUACCUUUAUUAGAAGAAAUACAUAGCAAAACAGAGCUGGAAGGUAGUGGGAGUGGAUGAUACGGAAACACAACGAAAAAGCUGCCCAAACAUGGUUUCCUGCUGUGCAGGAGAGUGAUUUGGCCCUUACCUCACCUGUCUUUCCUGAUUCAAAGAAAUCCUGCUCCUAGCAGGGCUAGGCUCAGAGAACCCCAUUUUCCAACAAAAACUUGGGAAAAGUUAGAGUUUCCAGUAGGAGUAUG